UAGGGAGAUACCUGCUCCUCCUCCCUUCACCUUGGAGUAUUCGCGGGCUAGAUCUUUUUUUGUUUUGAUGGGUCGACAGUUUCGUCGCGGUUGGUUGCAGCAGCGCCGUGGUCGAGACGACAGUGCGUGACGUUGCCUCUUUUGGCGUUGGUGGAUCAAACGAGAGCUAAUUGUGGACGCGAAGGAAGUGCAUCGGUCUCGUCAAUUGGGGUCUAGCUUCGUAGAGAAUUCGAAGUUUUCUUUGGUUUGUCGGUUUUUCUUAUCAGUGUCAUUUGUGAUGCCGACUUCCUUCCUUCCUUCCAUACAUGUCCAGAGGCUAUUAUUGAAGCGGAUGCGCUAUUAGGAAACGGGUCUUUAUUGUUCCUCAUAAUACAGAGUAUCUGCACCAGCCUGACAGAAGGAGAAACAGUUGUCGUUCUGGAGAAUCUGUGAGUUAAGUUUUUCAGACAGAAUGCUAGACAUUGAGCUGACCACCGUGCCAAAAGCAAAAUCCAAGAAUGGGAGGAAAACAUUUAAACCUUCGAAGUUGGAAGAGAAGGUUGUGGUCGGUGAAACGGAUAUGCCGCAGGAGCUGCAGUCACAUGCUCUCAGGGCUGCUACCGAAGCACUAGAUAUUCAUGAGGGCACCGAUUACAAAGACGUUGCUUACUACAUCAAGAAUGUAAACUUCUGGCAACCCUGGCGCAAUUUGACAAGGCGUAUGGUUCAGGGUGGCAAUGUAUAACUGGUGUAAGCUUUGGAUCCUACGUAACGCACUCUUCGGGUUCAUUUAUCCACUUCUGUCUUGGGAGGUUAGCGAUUAUGCUCUUCAAGUCAGCUACCUAGACAAUCUUCAACAUAAUCUCUACAUUUGUAGCCUGUAUCAUGUGUCGGUACUCUCGUCGCAACCGCGGCAACUUACCGAUGCGGAGUGCACUGCAUAUACAGUCCCGUCAAUUUUCCUUAGCAAGCUGGUACAUAAUGUAAGAUCAAAAGUCCUACACAAAUGCUUUCAUGAACUUCUCUGAGGUGAUGAGCGCGUAGAGAAAAGAGGGGGCGAAGGGCUUUGCUGGAUGAAGGAUUUUAACGGGAGUGGGCGGGGUAUUGCUCCAACUCUCGAAUGCUACAGAAGCUUCUAAAGGAAUAAGCCAUUGAGCUCCUCUGCAUAAAUAGAAAUGAUGACGUAUGAGAACAGCCUCAGGACUAGAUUACAAAUUGACAGCGAUCUCUUGUAUAAAAAAGCGAGUCCUAUAAUGAAUGUAAACCAGUCAGUAUAUCGUACUGAUAAUUAUUAUUUCAACAGAUCUGAAACUCA